AUGCGCACUGCGACGAGUCACGGGGAGCCUCUCAGCGGAAGCGCCCACCCGACUACGCAGCUACGCAGCCAGCUACGCAGCUACGGAUUCAUGGCAACUGUGGCCCAGCAGCGCCAGCCGACGACGACCCAAACUCGUCCCACUCACGACGGAAGCCGCAGUAGUGCCUCUGCUUCGCCUGCCAUCAUGCCUCCCGCCCAGCAUGCACCCACGCCCGCGCCCGCGCCGGCGAAGAAGGGCAAGGGCAAAAAGGCUGCCGACCCCUCGGAGCAGCAGAAGCAGAUCCAGGCCAAGAUUGCACAACUCGAGCUGGACCAGGCUGGCGACAAGGAGCAGGAGCUCGAAAUUGAACGCGAAGUGAAAAAGGCCAACCGCGAACUCUCCUCUCUCCUCUCCAACAUCGACGGACCCCUGUUGCGCCUCGAGAGUGUGCAAAAGCGCUAUUCGGAGCUGCUGGCGGACAUGAAGCGGACCGAGCGCGAGCACCAAAAGGCAAAGAAGCGCGGGGAUCAACUACAGAAAGAAAAGGAUGCGCAGAGAUCCGAAUUGAACAAAGUCACAACCAUGAAAGACAAGCUGGACAAGUUGUCGCGUGACUUUGCCAAAGAGAACAAGAAGUUGAAGGAUGAGUUGCAUAAACUCGAAACAAGCGAAUCGGCUGCCCGGCAGGAACUGCAUGACCGCGUGGAGCAUCUAGUCGCUGAUGUGGAUGAAUGUAUUGCAGCUACCACAGGGCCCGAACCGCAGAACCAGGCGGAGUUGGAACUGGAUGAGCUGUUCCGCCAGAAGUUCAAGUCAUUCAUUGAUCAGUACGAGCUGCGAGAGUUGCAGUUUCACUCCCUACUUCGGACCAAGGAGCUGGAAAUCCAGUAUCAGAUGGCUCGAUUAGAACAACAGCGCAAGCAACAAGAAGCUGAGUCUUCGAAAUCUCAUCAAUUGACCCGUCAGGUCUCUACAUUUUCGCAAACAGAGACUGAGCUCAGAACGCAGCUCAACAUAUACGUGGAAAAGUUCAAGCAGGUUGAGGAGACUCUCAACAAUUCCAAUGACUUGUUUCUGACAUUCCGCAAGGAAAUGGAGGAGAUGUCGAAAAAGACCAAGCGACUCGAAAAGGAGAAUCAGAAUCUCCAGCGCCACAAGGAAAUCACCAAUCGCAACAUUGGUGAGAUGGUCGAGGAACGCCACAAGAUGCAAGAGGAGCUGGCGAGGAAGACCAAAGAAGCAGAAGACCAACGCAAGAAGAUUGCUCGUCUGGAGACGCUAUGUCGGGGCAUGCAAGCACAGGGGCGCGGCCAGGUUCCCAUGAACGAGCUGGAAGAGGAUGAAGAGGUUACCGAGAGCGAGUACGAAUAUGGUGAUCACGAGGAAGACGAAGAAAGCGAAGAGUACGACGAUGAUACGGAAGAGGAUGCCAUGGAUCCAGCACCCGAACAACGCCGGCCUUUUGGCCCUGUCCCACCGCCGCCACCACCACCACCACCACCACCACAGUCGGUCGUGCAGGUAAAGCCCAAUGGGCACAAACAGGUCAAUGGGCAGAUCAAUGGCGAAAGGGCCAUUUUCGUGACUGCACAGGAGUUACCGCGCUGGUUUAGUCUUUACCGUUUCAUGGGCCUUGGUAGAUCAAGCCAAGACCCCAAUGAGGCCGUUCAGUCGUCGUCUUCUGCUGCCACACCAACGCAGAUGAUCAUCGCCAUCUGCAUCUGCAUCAUCGCCACAGUAGCAUGGCAUUUUUCGGUACAAUGCAGCCACCUAGACAGACAGGCCCGGCGCAUGGUUGGACUGGCGACUCGACCUGCCUCGGCACGUUUUCCCCGCAAGGACCCUGGCCCUGGCUUCGUCGCGGCUAACCCUACGACAGCUUCCGCUAUUUAG